GUACACACACAGGACAACUACGAUCAGCUGGUCCGCAUCGCUAAGGUUCUUGGGACAGAUGAGCUGUUCGGCUACCUACACAAGUACCACAUUGAGCUGGACACGCGUUUCAAAGACCUCCUGGGACAGCAGACAAGGAAGCGCUGGGAGCAGUUUGUUCAGACAGAGAACCAGCACCUGGUGACCCCUGAGGCCCUGGACCUGCUGGACAAGCUGCUACGUUACGACCACCAGCAGAGACUGACCGCUGCUGAGGCCAUGCAGCAUCCAUACUUCUAUCCAGUGCUGAAUGAACAGACCAUCUCCAACACAGACACCAAGGCAAUAAGUGGAUCCAAUGCAACAUGAUGGACAGAGAGGAGGACAACCUUUGUUACCUCAACUUGUGACCCUUUCGUGGCAGAAACGAUCUGCCUCCCAAGUCUACAGCCAUACUGGAGCAAGAAGUCAACUUGCAACACACACAACACUCUUGGAUUAAACCUAAAUCUUUCACAACGUGGGUUCUAGCGUUGCUUGGCCCCAGUCACACACAACGUAUCGGAUCCAAGCUAUGAGGUGUGAUAUUGCCUCCUAGAACUGCCCCCAAGAAAUCCCUGCCCGCUCCUCACCCCACCCAGCUCAACUCCCCUGUUUUCAAAUAAGCUGAUGUCAGAUGUGAUACAGAGACUGACUCCAGGUCAGUUUGGCACUGGUGUUGUGCUGUGAGAUGUGUGUUGGUCAGUAUGGAGCUGCACUGGCCUGGGGUCAGAGCUAUAAUAGCACUGAGUGGCAUGGAGGCUCUUUUCUGCUAUGGAUAGAACAAAUACUAUAUUAAAGAGAAUAAACCAUUUUUAUUUAAAUGUU